AAAGAUAGGCCACCUCACAGGAAACCAGAUGCUAUUGGCUAACUUCACAAAUAAGAUGCCCUCAGAGAGAGGGAAGCAUUGGCGUCUGGUGGAGUUUGUGUGGGACUGGGGACCGACUGGCAUUUCCUGCAGAAGUUCCGUUCCUAUCUCCCCAGCCUCCAGGAUCGAUGCCUCCACCACUAACUUAUCCUCCAGAGAGACUCAGACACACAGCCUCUUCCAACCUUUUCACAAAUGUCCUUGGGACCUCACAUGGAUCUCAGGGUUUGUCCUGAAGCAGGGACCAAGCCAUGCCCACCUUCUUCCCUAACUUGGACCUAGAGUACGAGAACUUUGAGUAUGAUGAUUCUGCGGAAGCCUGUUACGUGGGUGACAUCGUGGACUUUGGGACCAUCUUCCUGUCCAUUUUCUACUCCCUCGUCUUCGCCUUUGGCCUGGUGGGAAAUCUGUUAGUGGUGCUGGCCCUCACCAACAGCCGGAAGCCCAAGGGCAUCACCGACAUCUACCUCCUAAACCUGGCCUUGAGUGAUCUGCUCUUCGUGGCCACCUUGCCCUUCUGGACUCACUAUGUCAUCAGUGAGGAAGGCCUCCACAAUGCUGUGUGCAAGCUCACCACUGCCUUCUUCUUCAUCGGCUUCUUCGGGGGUAUAUUCUUCAUUACGGUCAUCAGCAUUGAUAGGUACCUGGCCAUUGUCCUGGCCGCCAACUCCAUGAACAACCGAACAGUGCAGCAUGGUGUCACCAUCAGCCUGGGCGUCUGGGCAGCAGCCAUCUUGGUGGCGGCACCCCAGUUCAUGUUCACAAAGAGAAAGGAAAACGAAUGUCUGGGUGACUACCCCCAAGUCCUCCAGGAAAUCUGGCCCGUGCUCCGAAAUUUGGAAGUCAACAUCCUGGGCUUCGUGCUGCCCCUGCUUAUCAUGAGCUUUUGCUACUUCCGAAUCAUCCAGACCUUGUUUUCCUGUAAGAAUCGCAAGAAAGCCAGGGCCGUCAGACUCAUCCUGCUUGUGGUGGUGGUCUUCUUCCUCUUCUGGACACCCUACAACAUCGUGAUUUUCAUGGAGACUCUCAAAUUCUACAACUUCUUCCCUAGUUGUGACGUGAAGAGGGGCCUGAGGUUGGCCCUCAGCGUGACAGAGACAGUGGCAUUUAGUCACUGCUGCCUCAACCCCUUUAUCUACGCCUUCGCUGGGGAGAAGUUCAGGAGAUACCUGGGACACCUGUACAGGAAGUUCCUGGCUGUCCUGUGCGGUCGUUCCGUCCACGUUAGCUUCCCGCCGGAAUCCCAGAGGAGCAGGCAGGAUAGCAUCCUGAGCAGCUUCACCCGGUACACAAGUGAGGGAGAGGGCUCUCUUCUGCUCUGAAAGGGUCUUCACGACCCUGACCCCACUCAGAACCCGAGCUCUUGACUCUGACCCUCUGUAAUGAGGACAGACCUACUUUUCCUGCUGCAUCUUACAUGCAAGAAAUAUGGACCAGAUGCCGACAAAACAGUCCCACAGUGUUUUUGAAAUUUUUCUGCUCAGUUCUUGAAAGACACACAUAUCUCUUACUGUAAAUGCUGAUCAUCGGGGCUUACAAAGGUUCUAACCCAACUAAUUACAAAAGAGUUGGUGAGGGUUAUCCCCAUGACCAGGUGGAUAAGGGGGUGACUAAAUACUCAGACUGAGUGGAAAUCAAGGAUUGAAUCUAGCUAGAAUGUCCCCUCUCUGACCUUCAGAUCUUUAAAGAGUAGUGACAGGUAAUCCAGGCCCACAUUCCAUAGCUUUAUCAUCAGAGGAGGACCUCAUCUCUCUCUGAUUUCAAGGUCAACAUUCCCAGGGAAGGGCUUCCAUUGGCCAAGUUGUGUCCCUUCCCGUCCCUUGACUAGGUAGUGGUAUUGAAAAUAGAACUGUUCUAAGAUAUUGUUGGAAUCUCAAGGUUAGAGAUUGAGGGAGACUAUUUCUAUAACUUGGAGGAUGGGAACAACCCUGAUGAGACAGAAAAAGAGUCUGGGACUGACUCAGGCUCUCCCUCAGUAACUAGCCUGUGUCUACUGCCAGCCCAACAAUACCUAGAUCUGCAGACCCAUAACUAUCUCUCUGCUGCCAAUGCAAGACCCAGGCUGUGAGAGCAGCUUGCUUUCUGUCCCCCACCCUGAAAGCAUCAUGUAUGAUCUAACCACAGGAGAGCCUUCAUGCCUGCAUUUACUGACUUGGACCUCAUUUAUAGUUUGAGAAUUCUGGGACAGUAUAGUUUUGUAACUUGCUUUUUAAAAAAACACUGGAUUCCAAAUUGC